GCUGAUGGUUUAAUGCAAUGCAAACAUGAAUGUUAAAAUAGUGACUGCACUUCUCAUUUUGGCAGUUGCCACCAUUUUAGCUUUGGUUUCUGUCCUUUUGUUUCUAUCCAAAACAAAAUCCUGUAAUUCUGGAAAUCAGAAAACAUCUGUUUUGAAGCAUAAUGACCAGAGCUUGAUAUUUGCAGAUCUAACACGUGAAGAACUUGAUCAGGUGGUGGCAUAUCUUAAGAACAACAUCAAGGAGAAUCUGGUGGACAUCUCCAAAGCUGACCCUUCUUCCAACUGUAUAUAUUCUGUGGAACUACUGCCUCCCAGCAAAAAAGAUGCCUUAUUGUAUCUGGAUAAAGGAGGACCUAAGCCCAGGAGAGAAGCAAUGGCUGUGGUAUAUUUUGGAAGUCAUUCCGAACCUGAAAUAAAGGAGUAUGUGGUGGGACCUCUACCAAAUCCCACAUACAAGAAUGAUGUUACCCUUCAAAGAUAUAAAGGUAAACUGCCAUAUUACCGUAGACCAGUCACUGGAAGUGAGAGAAAUCAGAUACGACAGCAUUUUCUUCUCAAAGAGUACCCUAAGGCAAAAAGUUUCCUUAAGGAAGUAUUGGGCUAUAAUGAAUCAGACAGUGAAUAUUUUGCUGCUUUAACCAGUGCUCCAAAAGGCUUUGCAUCUGGAGAAAGGCAAACCUGGUUUUGCAUCUUCUUUAAUAGUCCGGGUAGUGGAUUUUUCCUGCAUCCAACUGGGUUAGAACUUCUGUUUAACCAUAAGAACCUGGACUGUAAUAAGUGGAGUUUGGAAAGGGUAUUUUAUAAUGGUGAGUACUUGCAAAGUUUGUCUGAAUUAGAGGAGGAAUAUAAAAAGGGACAAUUGAAGGUAGUUAAGAUGAAAAGGCCAUAUCAUGAGGAUGACAUUGCUUCUCUGAAUCUCCCAAAUAGUUCAGUCUCUGAUAUCCCUCUACAAUAUGAACCACAAGGUGCUCGAUACAGCAUAAAAAACAACCAGGUCCUGUUCCACCACUGGAGUUUUGCAUUCGGGGUUAAUGUGAACAGAGGACUCAGGUUAUAUGACAUCAAGUUUAAGGGGGAAAGGAUAGUUUAUGAGCUUAGCAUCCAAGAAGCUGUAUCUCUCUAUGGGUCCAAUGCUCCUACUGGAAUGUCAACUAGGUACAUGGAUGGAUACUUUGGUAUUGGUCGUUUCACCUUCCCGUUGGUUCGUGGCAUUGACUGCCCUUACUUUGCAACAUUUAUAGAUACCCAAUACUUGCUAGACUCAGACAGCCCAGUUCUUAACAAAGGAUCUAUCUGCAUAUUUGAACUAAACACUGGCAUCCCUUUAAGGCGACACUUCUCAAAUCUUGGUUCUUCUUACUAUGGUGGUUUGGCCAAUACCGUUUUGAUUAUAAGAACUAUUACCACCGUUGGAAACUAUGAUUACGUGUUUGACUUCAUGUUCUAUCAAAAUGGGGCUAUUGAGUCAAAAGUUCACGCAACAGGGUAUAUAAGUACAUCUUUCUUCAUGGAUGGAGGUGCACAGCAUGGAAACAGAGUAGGACCUCAUACUCUGGGGACCAUCCAUACACAUUUUAUAAACUAUAAGGUGGACUUGGAUGUCGGAGGAAUAAAUAAUUCUUUGGUUGCUCAUGAUAUGGAGUAUCAAGAUCAGGUUGCUCCCUGGAAUCCAGAAUGGAAAUUGCAGCAAACUAUGCUCACCAAGAAAGUUCUGGCAUCUGAAAACCAGGCAGCAUUUCAGCAGCAUGACCCCAUGCCUCGUUAUAUGCAGUUUGCCAACAAACAGAAGAAUAAGUGGGAUCAUGAACGUUCUUUUAGGAUCCAGAUGGUCAGCUUUGCAGGAGACUAUCUUCCAGAGAAGAGUGCUAUCCACAACUCAAUGAACUGGGCUAAGUAUAAGCUGGCUGUAACCAAACACAAAGAGGAAGAACAGACGAGUAGCAGUAUUUAUAACCAAAAUGACCCAUGGUCACCAGCAGUUCAGUUCUCUAACUUUAUUAACAAUGAAAAUAUUCAAGAUGAGGAUUUGGUGGCUUGGAUAACAACUGGCUUCCUGCACAUUCCUCAUGCAGAGGACAUCCCCAACACAGUUACAGCCGGAAAUGGAGUGGGCUUCUACCUCAGACCUUACAACUAUUUCAAUGAGGAUCCUUCAGUCUUUUCAGAAGACGCUGUGUAUUUCCAGCCACAUGAAGACCUCAGAUCAUGCAGUGUCAAUCCUCUAGCGUGUUUAUCUCAAACAGCCUCAUGUGCUCCUAAUGCACCUCCUUUUACCUACAAUGGGCUUGAUAGCGAGUAUUUAAAAACUUAA